UUUAUAUUGGGUUCAAAUAUCCCUGAAAGCAAAAUAAAUUUAACAUCUGGUGCUUAACUCAAGUCCUCAGUAAAGCCUGCGCAUUCGCUUAAAUCAUGAAUCAAGGACAUGGAAUCCAACAAAACAUCGAUAUAUCAAUGAAUUAGUGGCUAAAAUUUCGAAAGCUGUAGCUAAAAACUCGAUGCUACAGAAAGUCAUGUCGUGUGUGGAAAUUCUAUUUAUGCUAUUUUAUCUGCGUUUCGGUCUAGUGGAAGCAGAAGAUUCCAUUUGUAUAGUAUUUCGCGAAGAUAACCCCCAUUUACCACCAUUCUCAGGUGAUGAACACAGCCGACUUAGGGUAGAUUACUGCAGUCCAAAACAAAAGUGUUGUAAAACGGGGUGUUGCAGUAAAGAAAAUCCCGUCGGAUACAUCCUUUUUUUCGGGAUUCUUAUCGCGGGGGGUUUAAUAUACUGCUGCUUUAGACUGUGCUGCAAUAAAUGUAACGAAAACUUCUUCAACGACAGAAGUACUCAGCACGAAAUAUCACCCCUAAGGACAAACAAUCAGCCUGAACAAAGCCGAAACGAUGAAAACUCACAACCAGGAAAUUAUAGUGGUUCUCAAAAUCGCAUCUAUCUAGCUUCUGUGCCAAACGAACAAGAAGUUACAGUCCACGUGGAAAAUAACUCCGAUCCGGUCACACCCCCACCAUCAUACGAUGACGCUGUUUGUGCUCCCUCUGCACCACCUGACCCAACAUUAUCGUUGCUUCGCCAAGAAAACAAAAUCCCUUCGUACGAGGAUGUCACAUCGGGGAAAAAAUAAUACAUUUUUGUUGUUAUUCUGGUCAUUUGUAUGUCCCGAACGGGUUUACCAAAGUGUAUUUAAGUUUUUUUUUUGAUGGAAUCGGAGACGCUUCGCUUAGACAGGCGUACUUCAAGAAUAAGUGUUCAAAUUCAGGCUGUAAGAAAAUAUUUGGGCUGAAAUAAAUAUAAGACGAAGUAAAUAUAAAUUUUCCGUUUAGAGGACAUUUGCUAAUCCCCCAAAUGCACGAAUGUUGUUUUUUCUUGGCGCGAAAUUUAAUUUUCAAAUCAUCACUAUUACAAGUUUUAGUUAAGGUCGCUGACAUUGUUGUCGCGCAUGUCUGAUCUAACGGGUAAUUUUAUUAAUUUUGGACACGGUCACGUUUAACGGUUAGCAGACAUUCAAGGUAGAUCCUGCGACACCCACCAAUGGAUUCAACUAUUCCCGAAAAUAAAAUAUUUUUAACAUGUGGUGCUUAAGUCAAGUCCUCAGUAAAGCCUGCGCAUUCGCUUGAACCAAGAAUCAAGGCCAUGGAACCUAACAAAACAUCGACCCAUCAAUGACUUUGUAGCCAAAAUUCCGGAAACUGUGGCGAAAAACCUGGUAAGAUAGUUUAUCCAUUCACUGUACGCUAGAGAAAGUCAUGUUGUGUGGGGGAAUUCUAUUUAUGUGUCUUUAUUUUCGUUUCGGUCUAGUAAGUGGGUGCGGAAGGAAGUACUUGUGUGGUUUUUCGCGAAGAUAACCCCAACUUACCACCAUUCAUAGAUGAUGAAGGCAGCUCACUUAGAGU